AUGCAGAACAACGAGAGCCCCCGCCCGCGUCACGAGGACGCCAUGACGAAGCUCAAGAGCCUCAGGGAGCACCGCCGCCGUCACAAGCGAGCCGCCCGAGCUCACCGACAGCUCAUGAGGACGCACCAGCCGCAGAACCACCACGCCCACCCAGAUCCCCAGCAGGGAGGAAGGGACGGUCCGCACACUGGUGGCGGCGCAGAGCCUGGCCCAGCGCAACCGUCGAGGGCACACAUGCCCAGUGUCCAGCAGGAUGCAGGGAGCGUGCUCCCUCGCGGGAGUGUGGCCAGCCCAGCGCUUGCUGCCUUGGACGACAGUGCCUGGACCUUUGAUGGCCUCGGCUCUGAGACGGCGCCAGUUUCUGGUAAGACUCUCCAACUGACUCCCCCACAGCCAUUGCCUGUAUUUCCAACGCCGCUGCGGCCAAUUGCCCAGUCACUGGGAGCCACAUACUCGGACCAUCAACGACUGGAGCGCCGGAUCAAGCAGCUCGAGCAGCAGCUCGCCACGCGCGUCCGCGACUUCACUGGGGGGUUGCGGCACGACGAGGCCGUGGACAGCGGCAGCGGCAACGGCAGCGACAGCAUCGACGAAAGUGACGAGAGCACCGACGACGACGACGGCGCUGCCGCGCCCGGUGGAGAGCGUGAGGUGGCUGGUUUUACCUCGAUACCUGGCCUCCUGGGUGCGGUCUCGACCGUUCCAUCUGUUGUUCGAGAGCGGCAGGACUACCCAGUCCCGCGGACUCUCAACACAAACCCACCGCUCUCCUCUGCCGGAGUGCUAGUGAGAGCUGGCCAGAGUGCAUUCUAG